AUGCAGCUUCAAGAUUUGCCUCCAGAAAUUUUGAAAUAUAUUUUUGAUUUUCUGACUUUUAAUGAAAAAAUUAAAAUUGAACGUGUAUGUAAAGAAUGGAAAGAUUUGUGUUGGAAUUUUGCUUGGUUGGAUUGUAAAAAUUUAAUAUUUGUUUACGAGGAUUUACUUUUAUUUAAAAAUUUUAAAAAUACAAAAGAAUUAAUUAAUAAAUCAAUGGAAGGAUUAAGUUUUAAAGAAAUUAUUUGGACACCACGAAGAUUGGAUGAACAUAAAAAAUUACUUUGUAAUAAUUCAUUGGACAAAAGGCGGCCUUCAAGAACUUUAGGAAUAUUCAAUGCUUUAAUUCGACGGUCUGCUCCAUAUUUAGAAUUACUUUGUAUUGAAAGAGGAAUUAAAGUUUCAACACGUUUAGGCCGUUAUUUUCAUUAUUUGACGCCUUCUCUUCAACAUUUUUCUAUGGAGGAACCGAUUGAUGUUUGGCAUUUAAAUCAAAUUGAGGAGUAUUUAGCUCCUAAUCUUUUAUCGUUGGGUUUAGUUCUUAAUAAAAAAGUAAAUUUUCUAAAAGUUAUUUUGUUUAUUAGAAGACUUUAA